AAAAAUCCAAACAACAAAACGCAUCGCGGCUGAAUCCCAAUGAACGACAGCCAACACGCAGUUGGUGAGCGUGUUGAGCUCGGGUGGCCGCUGCGCUUUGUGGAUUACGUGACGAUUUGCGGCCUCGACAGCCAGCUCAUCGCGGUCAGCAUCCCGGAGCUCGAGCAGGAGGAGCGAGCCGCGGCCAAUGCUGCUGCAGCCGCCGAGACGGACGCCCUGGCCAAGGUCGGCGACCCGGACCCGCUGACCGACCCUGCGGCCGCCGAGCAGCUUUCAGAGACGAGUCCCGGCCUCUCUGCUGGGGCCGCUGCCGUCCCUGGCCUUGGAAGUGGGGCAGCAGGGGCAGGGGCAGGAGCAGCAACAGCGAGACCAGUUCGCCCGCCUCGAUCAUCACCAUCAUCAUCAUCAUCAUCAUCAUCUGCUGCUGCUGCUGCCACAGGCACCACCACCACUCCCACCACCGCCACCACCACUACCACUGCUGCUGAAGCCGCGAGUGACAGUGCCGGUAGCAGCAAUGGCGCCAGUGCAGCGGGCAGCGGCAACUCGAGCCAGGAGAGCAGCGCUGCGCCAAGCCGAAGCAACUCCAAUGCAACAUCCAUCCACCCUUCAUCCAUGUCGGCCGCCUCAAGCCAGGUCAGCGUCAACAACGGUGGCGCCGCGUCAGAGCUGUCGACCUCGUCGUCGUCCUCGUCGCUGUCGUCCGUCCUUGCUGCCGGUGCGGAUGGCAUUGCUCCGCUUCGGGUCGGCUACCAGCCUGCGCUCCUGUGCCGGUUCCCCGCUGAAGACCAUGCAGACAGCCCGUUUCCGCUGUCGAUUGAGCAGUUUUGCUUUCCAUCUCGCGCCUUCUUGCACGAGAUUGAGGCGCCGACCAGCAGCAGUCACCAGGCAGACCCGUCCGGGGCACGUCGCGGGUCCAAUCUCUCCACGAGCAGCAAUGCGUCGCGCGACAGCGGAAUUGGAAGCACUGCGUCCGCGUCCAUUUCGGCGUCCACCGCUGCGCUCGAUAGUCACGCAAGCUCGGACGCCGAUGCAACCAUGCCGGGCAUUUCGCUCGUUCACGUCGUGCCUCCGCCCAAAUUUCACACGUUUGUUCUCACUGAGAUUAGCGGGACGCGCCUGCACGGCUGCUGCUUGACCUUUUACGAGCAAGUAGAUGACAAGACACUUGCCGUGCUACGCGAGCGAAUGGCCGUCUGGGAGAAGGCGCAAGCGGCCAAGCGCGCCCGGACGUUGGCGGCAAUGUCAGCCAAAAUCAAACUGGAGGAAGGCAUUGCCGCGCGCCUGGACGAAAAACAGCGCGAUUUGGUUGCAAUGCAGCGCUCACAGCCCGGCUCUGUUGUUGUUCAAGCCGAGAUCGCCCAGAUUGCGCAGCUCUUGGAGGAUUCGCGUGAAAAGGUCCUCUUGUAUCGUGAUUUUCGGCAAAAGGCUGUGGGGAUGACCACCCAGCCCCUUGUCGCAUCUCGCGUGCUUGCUCCGAAAAGCAUUUGCACAAUUUCCCACUGGCCUUUGUAUUCUGUGUUUGGCGAUUAUCUUAAGAAGAUCUUUUGCAUGCUCAAGCGCCCAGAAGGACUGGAUGUGCCAUUAGAACGGUACUUUGUGCACAUGUGCUAUGAAGUCCCAUUGCCACCACCUGGCAAGAUGGAGGUCAAGCUGUCUCUCGGAGAUACAGACAUUUUUGUGUCGCGUCCUGCAGUCAACGAUUACUAUCCGCUGAUUGCCGACCUGCCAAUCGAAUUGCUCUUCAAGUCGCUCGACUUGCCGAACAUUGUCAAACUUUUCGGAUGCAUGCUGCUCGAACGGAAGAUUGUGUUUUAUUCGGACAACCUUUCGCUUCUACACGCUUGUGUGGACACACUAUCGCAGCUGUUGUAUCCUUUCCACUGGCAACACGUCUACAUUCCUGUGCUGCCGUUCGCCAUGGUGUCUGUGCUAGAAGCGCCGAUGCCGUUUGUGAUUGGCCUGCCUGGGGCACUCCGGCCGCUCCCGCUUCCCGCGGACGACAUCAUCAAAGUGGACUUGGACGCCAAUACGGUCUCGACGAGCACAGGAAGCGGAGAGACCAUGGGCUUUGACGACCAGGUUGCGCCUGCUGAUCUCAUCCCAGUACUCCCGCCUGUGCUCGAAAAGCUCCUCCUGCACAAACUCAAGCAGGCACACGCCAACUUGUUUGGACGGCUCGACGCAGAGCUGUUGAACGCAGACGCCACGCCGCGGACGGCCGACCUCGCCUUCCCCGAUGGAUUGGACAGCUAUCGUCCUGCCAACGAUCUUCCCAAAAACUCCAUCAUUCCGAAAGGUGACAAGCUUCGACGGAAACCCGAAUUAGCUCGCGUUCGCACCCAACCAGGGCUGAAUGUGGAAGGCAUUCUUUCCAGUUCGGCCAGCACAUCGCCUGCGUCAACAUCUGCCUCGUCAUCCACCUCUUCCACUCCUGUUAAUAGCACAACACCACUGUCCGCACCGUCGAGCUUUGCCGCACUCGGCCAGCCUGCUAGUUCCGCUCCACUGGCAACUUCAUCGGCCAACGCAAAUGUUGAUUCGACGCCGCAGGCUUCAGUCCGGGAAAACAAGUGGCGCCACACUCUGGCACCAACCUCUGGUAGCCUCUCGCCUUCCUUUGAUGUGACCAAACAACCUCCAAGCAGACAGCCGCCUCCUCCGCCGAGUGCACCCGCCCGACAGUCUGCCGUGCCAACUUCCCCGUCGUCAGCCACCCUCGCAGACAACUCUGCUUCGCUGACAUCGAGCUCGAUCAGCAGUGGUGACGGCACUCCUGCCGAUUCGGAUGCCCGCCCACCCAAGCCUGCCAAGCCGCGCAUGAGCCCAGCCGUUCGCCGACCGCCAGCAGUGGCGCCAACGGAUGCAUCGCCGGCGCCUGCUGCGCCCGAGCCACCAGCAUCCUCGCCACCAGCAUCAUCGCCACUAGUCCAACCCCAAUCGACGACGCCCCCGAUGUCGGAGUGGCUUCACGGCAAGAUUUCUGCCGUCGAUGCUGAGAACAUGCUCAUCUCCACGGGCGUCAAAGGGAGCUUUUUGGUGCGCGAGAGCCAGACGAAAGCCGGAGCCUUCACCAUCUCGCUGCGUCGCGUGGAUGUCGUUGAGUCCGGUUCGCUCAACGCACAGAGCGUUUCUCACUUUCGCAUUGAACCAGUCGGCGCACAGUUUUCGUGCGGUGGCCGGGUGUUUGAUUCCAUCACCGAUAUUGUCGCUCGGUACAUGAAAGAUCCCAUCUCGCCAGGAGUGUGCCUGAGCACGCCAAUGCCGCCCGCGCCGGCCGAACUCCCACCGCCUGUGAGCCCUCGAAACCUCUCCGGCAACCCUUCGUUCUCGCGAGCAAAUCGUCACACGAUGGUGUCCAUGCCGCUUACAGUCCGCGAACGCCUUCGCGGCAUUGGAGACGCGCCCGCGGCCACGCAAACACCUCCUGCCGCGCCGGCUUCUGCUGCUGUUCCGGCUUCUGCGGCGCCCAUGCCGCCGCCGCCAGCCCGCCAAGCGUCUCUUCGUGGUGUUCGCCCGCAAACCAUGUUUGUGGGCAGUGGGCCAGCGUCCACAACAACACCAGCUGCGGCGGCCGCCGCUGCUGCUGCUGCCCAGGCAAGCCCGACAAGCGCUGCAUCAGACAGUGCAGUUUCGCCAUCGUCCGCCUCUUCUACGUCUUCUACUUCUUCUUCCCUGUUUUACUUUUCUACCGACCAGUCUGCUCCAACUGCGGCGUUCUCGGAGAAACACGAGUACAACCCGGCGUCGAAUGACGCCACAUACAUGCGCGAUCACAUCUUUGAACCCAAGAAAUUCAACUCAAAGGUCAAGACCUGCGUGUACUGCAGCGGCAAUGUAACGGGCAUCAAUGCUCGCCAGGCACUCGAGUGCGAGCGCUGCAGCAUUGCCUGCCACAAAAAGUGCAUGGCUUUUGUGACGUCCUCGUGCCGCAUUGCAUUUGUGCCCGCUGGCGUGCGCAAAGCCUUCCUGCGAAUCAUGUUGACGAUUCUCAAAAACUACCGGCAAUUCCUCAACACGCCAGAGCUUGAUGACGACAACAGCACGGGCGAAGAGUGGUUUAACAAGGAAGCCUUCCUCGCAAGCCACGACAAGGAGCUGCGGCCGUUUGUGGCACAGGUUCUAGACACGCAAAGCUUUUCGCAAUUUACGCUUGAUCGCAUGGAACGCCCGCCCAGCGAUUUUGAAGUGCUGUUCUUUGACGAGUCGCUCAAAGAGCGGCAAAACCGAAAGUUCACCAAACUCACCAAAGAAGCAACUCCCUUCCUCUCGGACAACCGCUUCCGCGUGUCCGAAACCAUUGCAGCACGGUCGCCUUCCCUGCCAGCGGGCUGUGCAAGCUCCUCGACCGUCUACUCGCGCGUCCCUGUCGAGCUCAACCCGGCACUCUUGUCGUACACGGUCGCAACACCCAUCAUCAACGAUCGUGCGCUUGACAAUCUCAAGGCGCACGCCACUUCCGUGACACGCCGCGUCAAGAUGAUGAAGCUGCAGAAAAUGAAACGCAUGUACGAGGUGCUUGGUCGCUUCCAGAAUACCGAGGCACAACUCGAAGCCGUUCAACAGAGUCUGUUGUUUGGAACGUGCAUCGACGAAGUCGAGCGCACUCUGGCCACCGUUGCCAUGUCUGAGGCUGCCAUGGCCACUGCGCCAGUUGGUGUCUUGCAAGAGUCACUCAGGCAGCUGCACAACGCACAAGCUCGCUUGGCAGAUGCGGCGGAUGUUUCCGAUGCCGACAGGUGGUACAAGGAGGCAUGGGAUUUGACCAUGCACCAACUCGUGAGCUUGAUUGUCACGUUUGAGAGCGCACUGGCCAAGCAUAACGCGUGAAAAGCCUCCUCUGGUGUUGUUGAUUUCUGGUUCGUUUUUUACUUGUUUUGUUGUUUGUUUGUUUGUCUGUUUGUUCCAAGUUGAUUCAUGAUCUAGUGCUUUUUUUUUCAGUUCUUUUUCGUACCAACAUGAGAUUGUAUUGUUAGCAAUUGACAAAGGGUGGCAGUAUGCGAAACGGCCCG